GGCCAAUCCGAGAACCGCAGCCGCCUCUCUCUCUCGCAGCAUCUCCCCCUAUCGCCGCCCUUACAGUCGCCCGACAUGGUCUCUCUCGCUCCUUACGUCUUGAAGCGGCCUUGGCUGACCAAGAUGCUGACGCCCGCUGCCAAUUGGUAUGCUAGCGCUGCCGGCUACCGCCAGCUCGGUCUGAGAUACGACGAUCUCCUCGAGGAAGAGAACGAAGCUGUCCAGAUCGCCCUGAAGCGUCUGUCUGCCAAGGAGUCCUACGAGCGUGUCUACCGCAUCCGUCGCUCCGUCCAGUGCAGCUACACCCACAAGCUGCUCCCCAAGGACCAGUGGACCAAGCCCGAGGAGGAUGUCCCCUACCUGCGAUCCAUCCUGGCUCAAGUCGAGGCCGAGCUGGCCGAAAAGGACGCUCUGGACUCCAUGACUGUCAUCAAGAAGCACUAAAAAGAGAAGGAGAGAAAGGAAUAAAGAAAAUGAUAAAUGUACUCAUUGGUUUUGAGAAUCAGGAUCAAGUAGCGGCGGCGAAGUGAUGGUUAUUCAGAGAUUCUACACAGGUCUCUUGUAUUAAAAUCAAAAUAUUAUAGACAUGGUCUAGCCUCUUUACUCCCUCGCCCAUCAACCAACCAACCUCUAAUUAUAUGCAGUAAUUACUUGUGAUUUAUUCUUUUUUCAAAUACCCUUACUCAAACUGGCUAUGUUAUUAAUAGUACAGGAGUAAAAAAAAAUGCACUUUUGGAAGCAACAAAGAAAAGAGACUCCCCGCCAACAAAAUGCUUUUCUUAACCCUGACCCAAACAUCCCUCUUUCGAAGCCCAGUCUAGUCUAGACGUGCCGCCGUAUAAAAAAAUCAAUAUCUGCCC